AUGCCUUUUGCACCAUUUACGGGAGUAAACCAUCACAUGCAGUUGAUACAGUAUGGAUGUGCACUUUUACAAGAUGAGACAGAGGUGACGUUUGUAUGGUUGUUUAAGACAUGGCUUGACGCUAUGGGAGAACGACCUUCAAUUUCUAUCAUCACUGACCAAGACUUAGGAAUGAAAGGAGAUAUUGCCAAGGUCUUUCCCAACACCCGUCAUCGUCUAUGUCUUUGGCAUAUUAAGAAGAAAUUUGUUAAAAAGUUGUCACAAGUGUACUAUAAGAUAUCGAAAUUCAAGAAGGAUAUGAAAGACUGUAUUAGGAGGACAUACAAGAAAGAGGAUUUUGAAGAGAGAUGGAUGUUGUUGAUGAAGGAAAAUGGGUUAGAAAGCAACGAAUGGCUUCAAAGGUUGUUUGAUAUUCGAGAAUCAUGGGUACCCAUUUAUAAUCGUGGUACAUUCUUCACCAAUAUGGAUACUAUCGAAUGUAGUGAGGGCAUUAACUCAUUUUUUGAUGGUUUUGUAUCUCACACGUCAAAUCUCAAAGAAUAUAUGGUGAAGUAUGAGAAAGCCUUAAAUAGGAUUGUGAAAAGGGAAAAAGAUGAAGAUUUUGAGUUUGAACAUAAGUUUUGGAUUGUUAAUGACCACGAAUUUUUGUUGAAGCAUGUGAGAAAAUUGUAUACUAGAAACGUCUUCAACAAGUUCAAGGAUGAAUGGAGUAAAGUCUUUCACUACAAAGUUGAAAAUGUGAGAACUGGCAAUGGUUUCCAACUAGACAUUGAUAAAAUACCAGAACAUUUAUUCUUCCACGAUGGAGACAAAAGGCCAACAAAUUUAGAAUAA